GCUGCUGCUGCUGGCCGGGGCCGUGGGCGGAGGAGUCAUGUUGGAUCUGCCUCACCCAACUAACAUCACAUAUACUAUCAAUGAAAAUAACUGCCAGCUGAAUGUGACAUGGGCUCCUGUAAAAAUAGAAGAUGACUGCAAUCUACGGUAUGUAACUGCUAUAACCACCAGUGGAGAGUGGGGCCAAAAGGAAUGGAAUGUUCAAAAUUUCCGGACAGUGUUCAUACCUCUGGGUAAAAAAGUCAUUUUUGGAGUUGCCACUUCAUGCGAAGGACGGGGUGAUGGAGAUUAUGUUAAAAUCACUCUUUGUCAAAAUGGUACUGCAGGUACAGGAGCCACUAAAAUCCGAUGUAUGUGGUACAAUAUGAAGUACAUGAUGUGCUCAUGGCAGCGUGGAGAGAAUGCAAGUCCUAACACAACCUACAAGUUGAAUUACUGGUAUAUUGAUCAAGAAAGAGGAGGGCCAUGCACACAUUACACUAAAAAAGGUGAUGACUUUCGAUGCACUUUCGACACAAACCUUUAUUGGCCUCCAGGACUCAGCAUUUCUAUUCAGGGCAAUUCCAGAGACAUUCAGCCUGUGUGUAUAAUGAAUAAAUUACCAGAAAAAUAUGAAUUUCUAGUAAAACCUGAUCCUCCAUUGAUUGUAAAGCCCAAAAGGAGCAAUGAAGGAGUUAUUCUACAGUGGACUGAACCAAGGGGCUUGAAUGACAUGUGCUAUCAACUAGAAAUUAAUAACAAACCUGACUCAGAAAUUUACAGGUCACGUAACAAUGUAACAAUUGCUCUCAAGAGUAAACAAUACUACACUUUCCGGGUGAGAGCCAGGACUUCUAAGACCAACUGUAAGCACACACCUGAUCCCUGGAGCGAGUGGAGCGAGGCAGUAGAAGUAGAUGAUAGAGACUUUCCAUUUUCUCUCCUUCUAUACAUUCUCCUUCCAUUAUGUGUGGCAGUCCUGACUAUCAUAUUCCUCAUACACCUGAAGAGGAUUAAGAUGUUGAUUCUUCCUACAAUUCCUGAGCCUGGAAAGUUUCUGAAACAAAUGUUUGAAGAGCACAUUGAAGAUCUUCAAAAACCUCCCCCUGAAGACCCAAUCAAGGAUGAGCAAACCCAUUUGUUGGUAUUCAUACAGCCUUCUUGUAAUGAGAACUGAGGAAAUGAGGGGACUGUCUACAUCAGAUAACUCUUGAAUGUAAACCAGAGGUUUUUGGGGCAGGGACUGAUGCUUCUAGCUGCUGGAGAAUCUCUUGGCAAUGCCCUGCUGCAGA